UUUCAGUGAUACUAGAUUGUGGACAAAGCUUUGCAGGUCCUUUAUUAGUAGAAUUUGAUAAAAAAACACAAAACCUUUCAGUCUGGCUUUUUGACAGGAACUUCCUACCAAAGGUACACAAAGAAUGAAGUAAAACCUUCGUAUCCAUUGUGUAGAUAAGAGUUUCUGUGAAUCCUGUACUGACUGAAAUGAUUAAAAGAUCCAAAAAACUGGAGCUACGGGAUCUAAACCAGGAAGCAGACUGCAGGGAGAAAGCAGAGAUGCUAAAACUGUGUGUUACAAAUGUGGAAACAGAGCAGUGCUGUGGGGAACACAGACGGCAACUGGAGUUGUUCUGUCAGGAGGAUGAGACCUUUAUCUGUACAAUGUGUGUUCCCAGACAUUCCAGGCACAGUUUUGUGUUCCUGCAUGAGGCAAUCAGUGGGUAUAAGGACAAGCUGAAAACUGAUUUAACAGCUCUAGAGCGCAGAGUGAAACAUUUAAAAGAUUUGCAAAUCAAAAAGGAGAAGGAAAUUGCAGACAUACAGGAAGAUGUGUUUUGUUUGGAACAAUACAUUUCACAAGAAUUUGCAAAACUGCACCAGUUUCUGCAAGAGAAGGAGCAAAAACUCAUCCAGCAGCUUAAGAAUGAAUCCUCAGACAUUCUACAAGAAAUCGAAGAUGAUCUUGAAGGCACUGAAUGUGAUGUUUUAUCCUCCCAUGUGGUAGAGUCCACUGCUAACUCUGAUCUCAAGAAUAAAGAGGCAGAAGUUCUAAAAGACAAAGUCACACGUGUACCCAUUCAAGCUGAUAUUACACCCACUAACAAGAUGUUGUCUGAUAAUCAUUUGGAGAUCAGAGAACAUAAAGCUGUUGGUUUGCUUACGGUACCAGAAACCCUUGAGGAUGUUGCUGUUACUUUUACUGAAGAGGAAUGGAAGAUGUUAAGGAAACAAGAUAAGGAGCUUCACAGAGAAGUGAUGGUACAGAAUUAUGAAGCCUUGGUUUCAGUAGGUACCAGAAAUACAGAAUGCAGUGUGAGCUACAGUCAUCAGCCAUCACACAGAACACCCCAGUUACUUUACCCAGAUAACUUGCAGCAGUGUGAUCAGCCUGUGAAAUGCAGUAAGAAGGCUGAUCUCACGCCUGUACCACUGCUUCAGUCAGUACACAACAGCAAGCCCCUCAUCUCUGGAGAUGGAACACCCAUGUUGCCUCAGCCUACAGAGAGCCUACAGCAGUAUGUACAGCCUGAGAAGGGCAGUAAGAAGUCUUAUCUCACUCGUAUGCCAGAGGCUCUCUCAGGAUGUGACUACAGCAAGAGCCCUGACUGUGAUGCAGGUCAGAGAGAGCACAAAGAGAAGAAACUAUAUAAAUGUACAGAAUGCAGUAAGGGCUUCACAAGGCUGUGGAGUCUUCAACGGCACUAUACCAUUCACACAAGUGUGAAGCCAUAUAAAUGUGCUGAAUGCAGUAAGAGCUUCAAACAUCUCAAUAGCCUUCACUACCAUUAUGUUAUUCACACAGGUGUGAAGCCGUAUCAGUGUGCUGUAUGCAGUAAAUGCUUUAUAAAUAAGUCAAAUCUAAAAUCCCAUCAGAGCUGUCACACGGGAGAGAAACCAUACAAAUGUGCUGAAUGUAGUAAGAGUUUCACACGCCUCAGUGAUCUGCGACGCCAUGGAAGAAGUCAUACAGGAGAGCGCCCAUAUAACUGUCGUGAAUGCAGUAAAUGUUUCUCACGUCUCUCUCACCUUCAGGUGCAUCAAACCAUUCACACAGGAGACAGACCAUAUAAAUGUGUUGAAUGCAGUUCAUCUAAAAAGACAUCAGAGCUGUCACACAGGGAGCAGCACAUGGUGCAGUAA